AGUCGACAGGAAUCAGGAGUGCUAUGCUUGAGUGUUAGUGUGUUGGGGUGGGUCUGUGUGGAUGCCCUGCUUUUGAAUUAAUGUGAUGCCCAUGUUCAGCUUCUCUGCCUAUUCUGGUGCAUAACAUCCAGGGUACACCAAGGAUGCAUGUUGAGACAUGCUGCCUCUGGGGAGCAACUACUACAGGUGUCCAAGACUGGAUGUGAUCCAAGGCUAUCUUUAAUUUCCAUGCCGUAAGCUGCAAUCUCUUCUCAGGCAUGAACCAGCACAUGUGGUACCCAUGUGACGACACUCAUGACGAGGUCCGGGUGGCGAUGCCAGUCUCUCCGGAGAGUCGCGGAGCAUACGAGUUCCGGUCUCUGACCCCAGCAGACAUCGACACUGUGCGAAAGCUAUGCAAGGAAUGGUUCCCCGUGGAGUACCCAGACAGCUGGUUCAGGGAUAUCUGCACCAACAGCAGGUUCUACACACGCGUCGCCACCUAUCAGACCACCAUUAUUGGUUUCAUUGUGGCCGAAGUGAAGAUAUAUGCUCUACUUACGAAAGAGGAGCGGAGCAUGCUGGCAGCCUCCUUCCCUCGUCGCACCCAGAUGGCCUACAUCCUCAGCCUCGGGGUGUCGGCCGAGUAUCGGCGGCGCGGCGUCGCCUCCCAGCUGCUGGGCCUGCUGCUGAACGAGCUGCGCACGGCGGAGCACGCCGACUGCCGCGCCGUCUACCUGCACGUGCUCACUUCCAAUAGCUCGGCGCUGCGCUUCUACGAACGCCACAAGUUCAGGCUGCACACAUUUCUCCCGUACUUCUACAAGAUAGAUGGCAAGUACCGCGACGGGUUUCUGUACGUGUACUACAUCAACGGCGGCCACCCGUCGUACGGCGCGCUCGACUACGUCGUAUACGCCCUCUCGCUGGCGUACGACUUCAGCCCGUGCGCGCUGCUGAAGCACGCGCUGCGCAUGGCGCAGCGGCUAGUCAAGUACGUGGUGCCGCAGGGCAAGCGGGUCACCGAGACCAUCGCCUGCCUGUCGUAAUGGCGGCCAGGCGCGCGCCGCUCCGCCAACCGGCUCGCCCGCCGCCCGGGACUGUUGGCCGCCGCUCAUGCCCGGUGCGGUGGUGACGCGUCGGCUGGGACACCGCGCCAGGGCAGCGCGCGUGCAGGGACGGCCAAGGCCCGGCGAACGGCUGACGCCGGUGUGUCGCGCGGCCGCAAUGCGGGCGGGCUCGGCGGCGUCAGGUGCGCCGGCGCAGCCGCUCGGACAGUGGCGGGGACCAGGCGUGGUCCGUGCCGCGCUGCUGGCCGCGCCGUCCCCGCGUGCGGACGCUCGCUGGUCGUGACCAGCGGCGGUAGGGUGGCGUGAGAGGCUAGACCAAACGGGUGGGGCUGCCGUGGACGACUGUGAAGCAUCGAAAAAUCACUGCUGUGACCCGCCGUCGCGCAAGAUUCGGAAUUGGGGACCGCUGUCGCGAACUAGUCGUACACCUUGUGAUUGUGUUGAUUUAAUGUCACAUUUUUUAUUAGACAAAAGCGUUGAUGCCCCACCUGACAAAGAAUAUAGAAUUUGCCACUUCACUGCAAUCAAACGGGGAUGCAAUCGGCUUGGAGCGCUCCAAUCUCGUGCGCACCCGAUCCAGUAAUUAGCAGGGAUUCAAUUGAAGUGAACUGUACGUUGCGUCGCUUCAGUGAAAUGUAUCUCGAAUUAUGUGCCUUCUCCGCGUUUAAACUUUUGUCAGCAGUGUUGGUGGGACUGACGACGGUCAGAUCAAUAUCUUCCAAUGUGUGAUUGAAGGUUGCUCGACAGGUCCGCAGAUCCGCACCGCCACUAGUCACCAGUUGUUACGCAUGUUGCAGGCCUGCGUUUGGCUCCGCUUCAUGAUGUCAGUAAUUAUGGAAACGAUAGCGAACAUUUCCUGCGCUUGCAGCAUGGUGAGGUAGACAUACCCGCAGGGGGCAGGCGAGUAUUAGCUGGCUUUCAGACCGGACGUCAGGCGGCGUUGUAAGCUCGUGUCACUCCCCGGCCCAGGGCCCACCUUGUCGGCGCGCGUUCCGUGUGGUGUGCUCGCCCCGCGUGGAUGAUUGGGACCGAGGGCUGCAGGCGACUGCGCGGGCCCGCAGUCCGGCCCGGGGCGAGUUGGUGAUUGAUCUCUGGCAGCAGCGAGGCCGUGGGGCGAGACCGCGCCGACUUGAGCGGGCUCGAGAUCCGGCGGUGUCUGUAUUAUGUGGCCGAAUGUGUCCCUGCGAACUCGCUUAACUGCAUGUCCCUGCCAGCUCCGCGCCUGCUGUCGGGGCUGUCGAGAUUGCGUCGAGAUGUGCGUGCGAGGUGGACAGGUCGUGACGGGUACGCCAGGCGCAUGCGCCGUCAUUGGCCACGGAAUGCCUGUCGUCGUUUGCGUGCCGUGCGGCAAACUGUACUCUUGCCCAUGGUCGCCCUUGAUUUUUCACCCCACAGUUGUCACAAUACACAGGCAGAAAACAA